AUGUCCUUAGCUCAAAACCACUAUAUCAUCCAGCUCCCUCAAACCCCCCUCCUCCACCGCGCCCCAGAACCCCGGUCAAUCGCCCAGAAAUGGAUAACCGAGUUCGAAGUGCUGCUACGGACUAACGACUUCUCUAAGCUCCCCCAGCUCUUUCACGAGGACUCAUGGUGGCGCGACCUCCUGUGUCUAACUUGGGACUUUCACACCAUCCAGAACCUUAGUGGCAUCACAGCCUUUCUCACCGAGAACCAGCCUCGAGCUCGGUUGUUUGGGUUCCGACUGCAGCAUGAAGGCAAGUUUCAGCCGGGACUGGAACACCCGGCACCGGGCCUCACGUGGAUCUCAACGAUCUUCUUCUUUGAAACAGGUACGGGGCGCGGGUCUGGUGUGUUCCGUCUUACACAGGAUAAGGAGGGGGUGUGGAAGGCAUACGCAAUAUAUACGUCGCUGCAGGAGCUGAAGGGGAUGGAGGAGCCUCUUGGCUUCAGAAGGGUAUAUGGGACUACUGAGACGAUGCCGGGGGGGUUGGCUAGGGGGACUUGGAUUGAGAGGCGGACGCGGCAGAUUCUCUUUGAUGAGGAGGAGCCUACUGCGCUCAUUGUUGGUGCCGGCCAAGCUGGUUUAAACGUAGGCGCUCGACUCCAAUCCUUGGGUGUGUCUUGUCUGAUUGUCGACCGGCAUGAAAGGAUUGGCGACAAUUGGAGGAAACGUUACAGGACCCUUGUAACCCACGACCCGGUCGAGUUCACCCACAUGGCUUACCUCCCCUUUCCGAAGAACUGGCCAGAAUUCACGCCCAAAGACAAGCUUGGGGACUGGUUCGAAGCCUAUGCGAGUAUCAUGGAGCUAAACGUAUGGACGAAAACCAGUGUCACGGGAGCAACGUAUGACGAAGCAAAGAAGGAAUGGGCUGUCACGAUAACUCGUGGUGAUGGCUCAGAACGAGUCCUGCGUCCUCGCCACCUCGUCUGGUGCACAGGGCAUUCGGGCGAACCCUUGGUCCCUACUUUCCCGGAUCAGGAGAAAUUCAAGGGAACAAUAUACCAUGCCACCAAACACCAGGAUGCCUCUACAAGCCUAGCUAACAACCCAAGUCCCCCCACCGAAGAAUGCGACUUGAUUGCCGAGUCCCUCCCCUACCCCGUCCGGUUCGCGCUUGACGUGCACUUCACGAAACGAGCCUUUGAGGCCGAGAAGGACUUAAUGAUGGGUCUGCAAAAGGCCGGGUUCGAGCUCGACCACGGCAUCGAUGGCGCUGGAAUAUCGCGCGCAUAUAUGACCCGCGGCGGCGGGUACUACAUCGAUGUCGGCUGCAGCCAGCUCAUUGCAGACGGCAAGGUCAAAGUCCGACGCAGCCCGGACGGGAUAGCGGGAUUCACGGAGCGGGGCCUUGUGCUGAAAGAUGGUGGAGUGCUGGAAAGCGACAUCGUUGUUCUUGCUACCGGGUAUGACAAUAUGCGGACCACAGUGAGGAAGACGCUGGGCGAUAAGAUUGCGGAUCGGCUGAGGGAUGUUUGGGACUUGGAUGAGGAAGGGGAGUUAAAUUCUAUGUGGCGGCCAAGUGGACAACCGGGAUUUUGGUACAUGGGAGGGAAUCUUGCGCUGUGUCGAAUUUACUCCAAAUUUCUGGCCUUACAGAUCAAGGCUGUUGAGGCGGGCUUGGUGGAUUAG